CAUUUUCAUCAAACCCCGCCCAAUCCGGGAACAGAGCCUGUGGCCUUGCUGUGCGUUAGCAUGGAACAGCAUCAAGUUCUGCAUAUGCAUCAGAAAGGUGAAGCGGCUUCAUUUAAACUUCCCAUACCCUUCGUCGCAAUAUCUGUCUAUAGAACAUCCUCAUGCCGAACUCGCUAAUGUUUUGCGUCUUUGCUUUCUUCAACAACUUGUUCACGGCGAUUGCUCCAUUUUUCACCGCGUGGGAAAUUCCGUACCCUUGGUCGACCCUCUUCAAAGGGUCCGACUCCGAGAAGAGACAUGACUCGAACCUGAGCGUCAGCUUUGGGACCGUUGCUCGCAUCAAGCAUGCCUGCAUCCACGAUGCUUUCGAAGCCGUUUCAAAGUCCUUCCCUGCAGACCUCGCCAUUGUCGAUCAUGUUGGAAAUUCUCUGACCUACGAGCAACUCGACAGACUCUCAUUACGUGUGUCGUCCUUUCUGCGAACCAGGGGAGUUCUUCCUGGAUCGCAGGUAUGCCUUGUUGGAGAGCGUUCUGUCCCUCAUAUAUGCGCUAUCCUUGGUGUUCUUCGUGCUGGUGCUGCAUAUAUUCCGUUAGAUGGGCAGCUCAUCACCGACGAUACUCUUCGAGGCAUCCUUUCCGAUGCGGAACCAUCCUUUACUCUAUAUUCAAGGGUCUUCGCGUCUCGUAAAGGCCUAUUACCGCCUCAGAACUUCUGUACAGAGGACGUCCUGGAGCUCGUCAACGAAGGCACCGAAACACAGACUUCUUGGAAAGGCUGCGGCUCCGAUAAAGCUUAUAUUAUUUACACGUCGGGCACGACCGGAGCGCCGAAGGGAGUCAUCGUCAGCCAUUCAAACGUGACUAAUUUGCUGUCACUAUCUCCUGGAAAUCUAGGUAUUUGUCGGGGCACCAAAGUAUCCCAACUGUUGAAUAUUGCAUUUGAUAUGUGCGCUUGGGAAACCCUGGGAUGCCUCAUUAAUGGCGGAACCCUCUACCUGCGCGGACCACGACGCGCAGAUUGGAUUUCUGUGAUGCAGAAGGUCGAUGUGAUAAUUGCGACUCCCUCAAUUCUGGUCUCGCAUGAUCCUGUGGAUUACCCCAAUGUCAAAGUCGUUGCUACUGCUGGUGAACCGUGCUCUCAGGUUCUUGCGGACAGAUGGGCAAAGCAAAUGACGUUUUACAAUGCCUAUGGUCCUACUGAAGUCACUAUCGUAAACACGAUGCGCAAGCAUGUACCAGGAACCCCACUUUCAAUAGGAUUCCCGACCCCGAACAACUCUAUCUAUAUACUUGAUGACGACUUACAGCCAGUUCCAGUGGGCGCGACAGGCAUAAUUUGGAGUGGCGGUCGCGGUAUCACUCAAGGCUACUUGAAACGACCCUCACUCACAGCCACAAAGUACGUCCCAGAUCCAUUUCGAGACGAAUCACGGUGGAUGUACAACACGGGAGAUCUAGGGAGGUUGAGGGAAGACGGGCAAAUUGAACCUCUCGGUCGCCUCGACGACCAAGUUAAAAUCAAGGGAUUCCGUGUUGAACUUGAUGGGGUCACCGCAACGAUCCUUCGCUGCCCUGGAGUUUCAAGUGCAUGCUCUUUGCUCGUCAACAGCGAGUUAUGGGCGUUCUAUUCACCAGAGACUCUGAAUCCAACUGUCGUUCGAGAAGCAGUAACGCGCAUACAUCCUAGCUAUGCUGUUCCUGCCAAGUUCUUGCCCCUUGAAUGCCUUCCUUUAACAAGAAACGGCAAAACAGAUAAAGUAGAAUUGGAACGGAUUGCAGCGACAUCUGCUACAUGAAGAGAAGUGCUAGGCGAAUUACUAGACAUGUCAAGAUUUGAGGCACCAGCUACCGCCGGACAUUGGUGGGCUACGGAGCUGGCUUAACGCGGCCAGCCAAAUUUUGUAGCCGCCACGAUCAUCGACCUCAGAACAUGUAGCUCUGGGACGUCUCAUCCUUCUGGGAGCCAUGAUGCAGUCCGAUAUUUAAUCGAGGUUUAGAUUUUAAGGGAUGCGCACUGUCGUAAAAUGAAAUACCGUAAAUUCGACGUUAUAUCAUAACAAGUACAGAAUAUGGUACAUUCAAAACGUUCAAAAACUUGACGGAAAAUUUUGGCAGAAGAAAUUAUAAAACAUUGGGGGGG